AUGAGCAUCGUGAAACCACAAGUUGGUUAUGUGCCUUCUCAGUAAUAAUUAAAUUUUAUAACUGAAUCGGAGUGUAUAAGCAUGUGUUUUCGUCUUUAAAAAUAUAUGACAACAAAAUGUUAUCCAACAGACGCCUAGUAUUGACGUGUGCCAUUUUUUUAUGCUGUAAUACUGCUCUCCUAGUCUUUUUCGUCAAGUUCAAUAUAGGUGAAAGGUGUUAUAUUACUAUUAACAAGGAUGAAUCUAUUCCCGCUGUGCUACCAGAGAACUUUCUAAGCAUCGGCAUAGACACUUCGCAAGUUCAACAUCACAAUACAUUGGAUUUCUCAAACAAAAGGUUUGGAGAAUUAGCUGCGGCGUUGGCACCGGCGCGAGUUCGCCUGGGAGGUACCCUCUCUGAUCUUCUCAUAUUUAGCGCUGACGAAAAUCCGCCUUUACCAUGUCAGCAUUAUGUACACACGUCCAACGACUCUGCUCACCCACCCCUAGAGUGCUUCUAUCUAACUGGCUCGAAGUGGACGCAAAUCAACGAGUUCUGCAAAGCGACUAAUUUAAAACUUCUUUUUACGUUUAAUGUCCUUAUGCGAAAUGAGCACGGCUGGAAUUCCCACAAUGCUCUGGAAAUACUGAAAUAUUCUCAUGAAAAAAAGUAUGACAUCGAUUGGCAGCUCGGUAACGAGCCUAACUCUUUCCAUCACGUUUUUAAUGUAACAAUCACUCCUCAAGUGCUGGCUCACGAUUUUAAAAAGCUAAGGAAACUUCUAAAUACCAAUGGUUAUAAAAAAUCAUUACUGGUUGGCCCCGAUACCACCAGGCCCCAGGAACAUCAACCGAAUUGUCUAAAAUAUAUGGUAGAAUUUUUAGGAAAUGGUUCACAUAGCAUCAGUGUGAGAUCAUGGCAUCAAUAUUAUCUCAAUAGUAGGACAGCAACAUUAGAAGAAUUCUGGAAUCCCAAAACAUUUGAUCUGUUAAAGGAGCAAAUAGAAACUAUGCAAAGUCACACAAAGGACUACAAUAAUAUUCCGAUGUGGCUCACAGAGACCAGCACGUCUUAUGGAGGAGGUGCCCCUGGGUUGUCCAAUACUUAUGCUGGGUCUCCACUGUGGGUGGAUAAGCUGGGUUUGGCUGCAAGAUACAACAUAACAUCUGUGUUCCGACAGAGUUUCUAUGGAGGCAACUACAGUAUGAUCGAUCAUGAUUUUGAGCCCCUUCCGGAUUGGUGGAUCAGUGUUCUCUACAAGAAACUUGUUGGCAGUAAAGUAUUGAAUCUCACUUGUAAGUGUUCUCAGUAUCAGAGAAUGUAUGCCCAUUGUGCAAACACAAAGUAUACUAGUGAUCCCACAGCAAUUACUAUUUAUGCUGUCAAUCUGCAGUUGGAAAAGGCAAAAUUUUUGCUAAAUGGCACUGCUUUUAAAAGUAACAAUUUAGACAUUGAUGAGUAUAUUAUAAGUGCGCCAUCUAAUAACAGAAAAACAAAAACCAUACUUCUAAAUGGAUGGCCAUUACAAUAUGAAUCAUCUGUUCCCAAUUUCAAACCAAACCAUAUAAAAUAUGGUAAUCACAUUUCAAUGCCGCCUUAUUCCAUUGGUUUUUGGGUUAUUAAAAAUACAUCAGUUGAAAACUGUAAGUAAACCUUUAAGAUUUUCAAUCUUGCUUAGGCUUAUUGUCUUAAAACUUGUCCAGACAAUGCAUUUUUAGUCC